AUGGUGCGUGGGUCCGUGCUGAGCGUCGCCGCCCUUGUGGCGGUGGCGAUGGCACUGGGCAUGGUGCGCGCUGAUGGCUUGGUGGAUCAUCCAAUUGCCGGAUCUGCCAUCAACUAUCUCGACGGCCAGUGGGAGCUUUCGUCGUUUGAAUUUGCGCCCGAUCGGACCUUCAAGGCUCAGGUCCCUGGUGACCUCAUCACUGACCUGCAAAACAACGACCUGAUUGGUGACCCUCUCUAUGAACUCAACUUCAAAAACGCCACGCUUUGGAACGACUACGAUUGGACCUACACCACCACCUUUACCAGCAACUAUGACCCAUCAUCCGGAGCGGCCCUGUGGCUAGUGCUGGACGGCGUUAAGAUGGGUGCUACGGUUAGCGUCAACAACGAGAUGUUGGGCAGCGUGACUGAUCAGUUUCAUCGCUACACCUUUGACAUUAGCGAGUUGGUCAAGUCUGGCGAGAACGAGCUUCAAAUCAUUUUCAUCAACGAUAUCCAUACUGACGGGCGUUUCAUGGCCUGCACCGGUGGCUGGGAUUGGGCGCCCUAUACCACCACCGAGUCGUAUGAAGGAGCUCUGACCUUUUCUCGUGGCAUCUGGAAGAGUGUCUACACCGUCGAGAUUGACGGAGCUGCCAUCACACAUUUUGUGCCCCAUACCUUUUAUCGUGGCGAGUACCCGGCGACCCGGCUUGAAGAGCAUGCCCAUGAUGGCUUUGCCGUCCAAGCCCAUGUGCACCUGUGGUCCAAGACAGCCACCUCUGGCACGGUGACUGUCACCAGCGACUUUGACACUCAAACGCUCAAGGUCGACCUUCCGGGUGGUGAUUACAUUGCCAACCUGACCUUGUCAGCAAACGCCGCGGACAUUGACCUGUGGUGGCCCAGCGGCUACGGCAAGGCUGCUCUGUACAAUGUGACGGCCUCCUUCACCGCCGACGGUGCUCUACAAGCCAGCACGGCGUCCGCCACCCGUCGCAUCGGCUUUCGCAUGUUCGCGCUCGUUACAGGCAAUGACACGGAUCCAGAGUACCGUACAAACAAUAAAUAUGUUGAUGGCACUGACUUCCACGGCAUGUACUGGCGCGUCAACGGUUUGCUCAUCUUUUCUCGCGGUGCCAACAUGAUUCCCAUGGAGGAGUUGGAGGGGCGCAUGAACGCCGAGGCUCACCGCCAGCUGGUCGUGAGCGCGCGCGAUGGUGGCAUGAACACUCUUCGCGUCUGGGGUGGCGGCAUCUUCCUGCCCGAUGUGUGGUAUGACACUUGUGAUGAGAUGGGUAUCCUCGUCUACCACGACAUGGCGUAUGCCCAGCAGGGGCAUAGCCCGAGCGCAACGGCAACUCAGGACGCGGAGCUGCGUCAUCAAAUUCGCCGUCUAUCGCACCACCCCAGCAUUGUCAUGUAUGAUGGCUGCAACGAGUGCCAAGUGGUGAUUGGCACCGACACAGGCAUUUACGCCACUUUUGUCAUGGCCGUGGUUGCGGAAGAGGACCCGAGUCGCGCAGUCUGGGCAUCUUGUCCUUCCCUAGGCUGGGCCACAGGCGUCAACCGCCUCACUGGCCAACCCAACCGCUCACCGGAUGGCUUGGUGACGCAUGUUGGAACCACCACUCUCGAAACUCAUGGUCCAUACCAGCACGGUUCAGGCUUUCCCAGCGUCAACGGCGGAGCGACGCUCUCCCCCUUUGACCCCAACAUUCCCACCACCCUGACACCUACUGAGGCCUAUUUUGGCAAUGACCAAGAUCUCAACGCAACUGGCGAGACGGCUUUCAAGCGCCAGCUUUAUCAGUGCAUGCUGGGCCAGGCGCUGGAGAUGAAGAGCAACAUCGAGACCCGCCGCGGCACCAACCAGUUUGGCAUUCUCGUGUGGCAACUGAACGAGAUCUGGCCCACGGGCGGGUGGGGCAGCCUCGAGUAUGGCACGCCUGUGCAGGGUCAGGUGAUUGGUGGCCGUUGGAAACCACUGCACUACUUUAUGAAGAAAUCGGUGUAUGCCGAUGUUAUGGCCACAUGUGGCACAAAUGGCACGUGUUACGUGAAGAACGAUAGCCCAUCGGCCUUUUCGGGGCGGGUUGUGGUCGAGUCCCUCGCCUUGGCUGAUGGCAGCAGCACAGUCCUCUUCAAUCAGACCGUAUCCAUGGCCACGGGCGCGGGCAUUACCAAGUGGUUUAAUGUGGAUUUAUCCAACUUCAACGGCACAAAGGCCCUUUUGCGUGCCACGGUGCAGAGCGGUGCUGGCCAAAUCGUGUCGGACAACAUUAUUCCAUUUGUAACGCCGGCCAACAUGCAGGUGCCGGCGGCCAAUAUCACAGUGACCGUAUCAGACUCGACCCAUUCGGAUGGCACAGUGGACGUGGUGCUGAGCAGCCAGAAGCCAGCUGCCUAUGUUGUGCUGACCACCACGGCUCAGGGCCGCUUUUCAGACAAUGCCUUCUUCCUCACGCCCGGCAGUCAUGUGGUGCAGUUUGUACCCUUUGCCGGCUUUGACCAUGACGAACUGCGCCGUACAAUUCGUGUCGAGCACCUGGCACAGAUGUUGUGA